UGUAGUGCUUGUGACCGACAACGCGUCAAACAUGAUAGUUGCAGCUCAAGUUGGAAAAUUCCCCCAUGUGAAAUGCUUCGCCCAUACACUGAAUCUUGCAUCCCAGCGAGCGUUGAAAGUGGCCACUCUCUCUAGGCUUCUUGGCAGAGUACGUCGGAUAUCCACAUUCUUUCACCGCAGCACUAGAGCAAGCCACUGUCUAAAAGAGAAACAGAAAUGUCUUGGCCUGAAGAAUCAUAAGCUGAUAACUGAUGUGGCAACAAGAUGGAACAGUGCAUACGACAUGGUCGAGAGGUUCUUGGAACAACAACCUGCAGUCUGUGCCACCUUGCUGUCUCCAGAAGUCAGAAGAGGAGAGUCCGAUCUCUGCACUCUAAACGAAACAGAUGUGUCAAAUGCAGAGGAUGCCGUGAGUGCAUUAAAGCCAAUGAAAGAUGCAACCAUGCUGAUGUCAGAAGAGCGCAAUCCAACAGUUUCUCUCAUUGCCCCUAUAAAUGCACAACUUCUCCAGAGCAUGACAGACACGAUGGGAGACACACCCAUGAUCCAUGAGAUCAAGAAUUCUAUUAGAACAGAUCUCCAGAAGAGGUACAGCAGUGAGGCCGAGAAGAAGAUCCUUCAUACAGCCUCUGCACUGGAUCCUCGCUUUAAGGGACUGCCUUUCAUCCUCACAGAUGAAGAAAGAUUGGAGAUAUUUAAAGGAGUCACUGAGGAAGCUGCAUCCUUGGAGAUUACAUCAGAUGAGAGUGAGAGGACACAAGAGGAUCAUCAAGUGCCUAGAAGAAAACAAACUCUGGAAGAAGAGGACAGUUCACCCAUCGAAGACAACCAUUCUCCACCAUCUCCUCCCAAAAAGGCCAGAUCGCUGCUCGUGAGUUUGCUGGGACAGUCUUUCACUGACACUGAAGGUACAAUAGAACCCAAAAAGACCCCCUAUGCCAAGGCUGAAGAGGAAAUGGAAAACUAUUGUAAAGCCCCACCUCUGCCUCUCACUGAGGACCCUUUGAACUGGUGGCGUGAGCAUGAGGUCAUAUUUCCCCUCCUUUCUCGGCUGUCAAAGCAAUACUUGUGUAUCCCAGGUACAAGCGUGUCUGCAGAGCGGGUUUUCUCCACUGCAGGAGAUGUGGUAACUGCAAAAAGAAGCGCCCUCAAACCAGACCAUGUAGAUCAAUUGGUGUUCUUACAGAAAAAUCUACAUGUUCCCAAAUGCUGAGCAGUGUUUUUAAUUUUAUAGAUUUUGUUUAUAGCAUUGUCUCUGCCACUGAAAUUUUUUAUUUCUCUGUCUCCCCUGCCAGA